AUGUCCCGUCCGCCCCUCCAUGCCCUGCAGGGUUUCGUGGCUGCCGCCCGGCUCGGCAACCUGUCGCGUGCGGCGGCGUCGAUGAACCUGACGGUCAGCGCACUCAGCCAUCAGAUGCGCCAGCUGGAAGAGCGCCUCGGCCAGCCGCUGCUGAUCCGGCAGCCGCGUGGCGUCACCCUUACGCUGGAAGGGCAGCGCCUGCUGGAGCAGGUCGGCCCGCAUCUGGACGCGAUCAACGAGGCCUUCCAGCCCUAUGCGGCGCGCGCCGAGCACGUGCUGACGAUCAGCGCGGUGCCAUCGAUGGCCUCGGCUCGAGUGAACGGCUGGUCGACUUCGAGCGGCAGCGGCAGUUUCGACGCCGCGCUGCGGCUGGGCACCGGGCACUGGCCGGGGCUGGUGGUGGAACCGCUGUUCGACGAGUGGCUGCUGCCGAUGGCCAGCCCGGCGCUGAUCGAGCGCAUGGGCGGCAUCGACCGUGUUCCGCUGACCCGGUGGCCGCUGCUCGGUGAUCCCGACGGCGCGUGGGGCGCGUGGUUCGCGUUGAGCGGGCAAAGCCCGCCGCCGCGCUUCGUGGCGGUACUGGAUGAUUCGGAGGCCCACCACCGUGCGGCGCUGGACGGGGUGGGCGUGGCGCUGGGACGGGUGACGCGGGCGCGCCUGUUGCUGGAAUCCGGGCCAGGGCUGGUGGCGCUGUCCAGCCAGCGCCUGAAGACGGCGUGGCCGCAUUGGCUGGUGUACCCGCAACGCUCGGCCAGCCAUCGCGGCUUCCUCGCCUUCCGCGACUGGCUGCACGCGCAGGCCGCCGAACACGUGCGGCACAUGGCCACGCAGGGGUCGCCCGGCUAG